GGGACACGGAUGGAUGGGUGGGUGUGUUGUAAAUAUUCUGCAUACGCCUCCUCCUUUCUCUGUUGAGGUUUACUGCACGUGAUGCGGAGAAAAGUCGAAUGAAAUAAGCGUUAAUUGAAUAAAUGAAAAGAGAAGUCUCCCCCUGAAAUAAAUGCGUCAGCACAUACACGUUUUUCUGUAUUCCCUUUGAGUUUGAAUCCGUGUGUCAAACCGGACUUCUCUAAAAACAAAAGGUCCUGCUUGCCAGCUAAUUUUCGACUGACAUCGAUAACUUGGACAAUUAUAUAGGUGCUUUUGAAGAGGGAGGCAGCACUGCGUAGUUAAGGGAGCUGAGUGUAAGGCUACUCCCGUUAUUCUGUUCUUUCCCACUUGCCGUAAGGAAUCGUUUCGAGGAAAGCAUGGAAGUUUGCAAGGGACGGUUGCUGGGCAUUUCAGUCGCAGUUGCGCACGGAUUUUUCUCGGGAUCUCUGAACAUUUUGCUAAAAUUUCUCAUUUCUACUUAUAACUUCAACUACCUCACUCUUAUCCAGUGCCUGACUAGCACCACUGCGGCGCUCACCUUGGAAAUCCUUAGAAGACUGGGGAAGAUAGACAUCCCCCCGUACAGUCUCAGUUUAGCCAAAGUUUUCGCAAGUGUAUGCAUCCUUUCCACGCUGCAGUCAACUCUAACCCUGUGGUCGCUGCGAGGACUCAGCUUGCCGAUGUAUGUGGUAUUUAAGCGAUGUCUACCUUUGGUCACUCUGAGUAUUGGGGUCUGCAUCUUGAAGAAUGGAAUCCCGUCCCUUGGAGUAACAACAGCGGUGCUCAUCACAACCAUCGGUGCAGCUUUAGCCGGCGCGGGGGAUCUCAUGGGUGACCCUUUUGGGUACGUGACGGGUGUGCUGGCCGUGAUCAUCCACGCAUCAUACCUGGUGCUCAUACAGAAGGCGAGCACAGACAGUGACUACGGGCCGUUGACGGCCCAAUACGUUAUCGCCAUCACCGCCUCGCCCGUGCUGCUGAUCUGCGCCUUUGUCAGCAUGGACAUCGUCAACGUGUGGUCCUUCCCCGGCUGGAGCGACGCCGCCGUCCCCUGCAUCUUCACCACAUGCAUCGUCAUCGGCUGCGCCAUGAACUUCACCACGCUUCACUGCACCUACAUCAACUCUGCUGUCACCACCAGCUUCGUGGGCGUGGUCAAGAGCAUAGCCACCAUCACCGUGGGCAUGCUGGCCUUCGAGGACGUGAAGCCCACCCGUCUCUUCAUAGCCGGCGUGGUGGUCAACACGGUCGGGUCGGUCACUUAUUGUGCGGUGAAGUACUUUGAGACCGUGAAGAAGAGCAAGUACCAGGACCUGGAGGAGGCGAGCAAGGAUGAGGAGUUGCCCGGGGAACCUUACGUAGAGGAGAAAAAGCCAAACGGAGACCUUGAGGUCGUGCCAAAUGGAGGAUUGGUGGGCCCUGUGGAACCAACUGACUAUAUGGAGUCUACUGUACAAGAAAGUGGUGUAAUGGAGUCUAUUGAAUUACAAAAACAAGCCAACCCAACAGAGAGCGGGGCAAGCAAUACGUCCCUGAGCGAUAAUUACGUAGGAGUGUGGAGGUCUGUUCGGAGCCUUAAGGUUUUUAAGAAGGACACUUUAAUUGAUAACGAGGAGUUACAAAGUCCUUGAUAGUGAAUCCUUCCAUUGAGAGUGGGUGCAUGUCAUGUUGUUGUUAUUUUUGAAUGACCAGUAUGAACUUACUUGAACACUGAAAAUAAAGUUUUUGGUGUUGCUGAUCUUUUUUUCAUACACGCAGUUCAAAGAAAAACUAUUUCUUAAAUGGGAAGUAUUUUUAAAUAGUUUGGUUCUUUGUACAGAUUGGAGGAAAUAUAUGACUAUUUCUGUAUGUAUAUGGGGGGAACCAUAAGUAUGUUUUAUAUUACUGAAUGAUCAGUCAUAAUAGCAUAUUGAUAAAAUGAAAUGAGCAGAAUAAAUUAAACAAAAAUGCAAUCAAAUAAAAAUAUUGUGCACAGACAAUGGCAAUCUCUACAUGGAAAAAUCUAUGAAAUUAAAGAGAGCCAUCUCCUAAAAUGCUUUCAUGAGACAGAUAAUAGUUUAAAUAGGAUAUGAAAAGCCAUGUGGUCAUGAAACAGGUAUACAUUUUUAUGAAUUUGUUCUUGCACGUUUACUCGUACCGUACAUGCCUGUUCAGAUUAUGUGUUCAAUGUAUUGAUGACAAUAUUUGACAAGUGAAGAGCCAUACUGACUCAAGUGUGCAUGUAUGAUGCCAAGUAAAUCCAAAUGGGUUUUAUAUGAAGAAUGA